AAAUAAAAAAAAACCCUCAAUUGAAAAAAAAACCCUAAAUUCACAAAAACUCUCAGCUCACUCUCAACCUAGCUCUCGAUCUCUAAUCUCGCCGAUCCCUUUGACUCCCAGACCCUCAUUUUCUAUUUUCUAAACCCAAACCCACCACCACCUCUCUCUCUCUCUAACCCAAUCCCUAACAAAGACAAAGCAAGGCCUUCAUCUUCUUCCAAAACCGCCAUGAAAGUCCGGUCAGUGAAGCUCAGGGAGGCCCACAAGGCCUCCUCCUCCAGCAAUGGCCAUGGCGGCGGCUCCUUCUGCUUCGUGGUGUAGGACCAGCAAGCGAAUCACCUCGUCACUGCCUCCUCUUCCGAUCUUUCUAUCUCCAUCCACGACCCUCUUCUUCCGUCAAGCGCUCCCAGGAUCCUCCGCCACCACCGCAACGGCGUCACCGCCAUCGCCAUUAGCCCCAACUCCACUUGCCUUGCUUCUGGAUCCAUCGAUCACUCCGUCAAGCUCUACAAAUUUCCCGGAUCCAAGGGAGAAGGCUAAAUCAGAGACAAGGGAUUGGUUGAACAAUGUGGUACCAAAAUUUCUGUCAAAAAGUAGUCCUCAUAAGGGAGCAAGCUUACUGUAGGGAAGUGAUGGCAGGCAUGGCAAGACUGGAACUGUGAGGUCAGUUAGGAAGUGUUGUUGCUGCUUGCUGGCUAUGGCUGUAUUUCUUCAUGCAAUUAGAAUGUAAAAAACUCCUUGUAAAAUUUUUUUGUGAUGUAUAGGAUCUUUUGUCAGUGGAACUUACAAACUGAUAUAUUUUUUGUUGGGAA